AUGGGGAAGGUCAACAAGCGCCAGCGCAAGUUCCUGAGCAAGAAGGUCCUGACGCACAGGAAGAAGGGUGGCGUGCGCCGCGACAACAAGUCAAAGGGCAACGGAGCUGCUGCUGGUGCUGCCACCGCCCUGGAAGCCUCUCAGGCGCCAGGGGCGCAGCACCGCAAGACUCUGCCUGACGGCGUCGACACCGCCGCCUUCCUAGAGUGCCCGUGGCUGAGCCGGGAGGCUUGUGCUGCCGCCGGGCGUGACGCCUGCGUAGCCCCAUUCGAGCCCGAGGUGGCUCUUCUCGAGGGCGCUGCCACCAGCAAGCGCGGCAAGCGGGGAGGCGGCAGCAAGGGCAGCGGCAGCAGCAGCCUUACCGAAGAGGCAGCGCGUGCCAUGGUCGGACGAGCCGUGGACGAGCGCUCGCUUGACGACCUCCUCCGCGUGGUCUGGGCGUUGCAGGAAGCAACAACGGCCGCGGGCGACCCUUCCUCCCCCGCCUUGCCAACGACAUGUCAUCAAGCACUGCGGGCCGCCCCCGGGUCAAAGGCCGCGGGCGCGCUCGUCAGCGAGGCCUCGUCGCGGCUGCACCUGGCGUUUCGCGCCCACCUGGGGCCCGAGCGCGACGAGGAGGAUGGGUCCUCCGUGGAGGAGUGGGAGGACGCCGUCAGGGCGCACCGGCAGAAGCUUGAGAAGGCGGAGGCCUGGCCGCGGCUGGGCGGGGCUCUGCUGAGCUUCCUGACGUCGGCUUUGGACAGCGUCGAGACGGAGUGGGCAACGUCAAACUCGGUUGCUGUGGAGGGUCGUGCCGACAGCAGCAAGCAGGGGAGUUCGGGCGCUACUUCUGCUUCUCUCGUGGAUGGGCUAGACCGCAUGCGGAACCACGUCCCGCUUCUCUUCCCUUUCCCGCGGCUUGCGCGCCGAUACCUGGCGUUCCUGCUCGACGUUCUCCAGACGUCCGACAACACGGCCGCGCUAUCCCUGGCCUUCGUCCGGUUGUACGAGCUGUCCACCUCUCAGCCGAUGCCCUUCCUGCACGAUGCCUUCAAGGGGUCUUACCGCUGCUACCGCGCGGCGGCGGAGCGCAUCGGCGGGGGGAGAGGGGCGGGGGUGAUGGCGAAGGGCGACGGCGCUGGAUCCUCCCUGCCGCUGCUGCGGGAGUGGUUCGCGGAGCUCUUCGGCGUGGAGAAGCCUUCUGCCUAUCUGCACGCGUACGUGUACAUCCAUGAUCUCGCUCGCGAGGCGGUGGAGGCGGCGGCGGAGGUGAAGAAAGGAGGCGGGAAGGCCAGGGACGCGGGGCCGGCACUGAGGAGGUUGCGCUCGUGGGGGUUCUUGCAAAGCUUGCAGCUCUGGACUAGCGUCGUCACGGCGCACCCUGCCAAGUCUUCUCUUGGCCCCCUAGUACCUCCUCUGGCCAAGGCGCUGGAGAUCACGUUCCAGCUGUCGCCCGGCCUCUACGGUGCCCCCCGCACCCUAGCUCUCGCCCGCUCUGCGCAAGACCUGGCUGCCGCCGCCGGCGUGUUCCUGCCGACCUCUCACCACCUCGUCGGCCUGCUGGAGCUAUUGCAUGCUCGCGAGGCCCGCCCUGGCUCCACCGCCUCCUCCGCCGGGGGACCGGCGGGUGGGGAGGAGGCGGGGCCGGGGGGGCUGGCUGUGGUUAAUGGUGGCGGUGGCAGUUCCAAGAGGCAAGGACGGGGAGCGGCGGCGGCGGCGGCGUUAGAUCUGUCGGCGAUGGCCGGUCUCGGGAAGGAAGAUCUCAGGGUAGUGGAGGUGCGGGCGGCGGUCUCGAGAGAGGCGGCGGGUUUGGUAGCGAGGGAGGCGGUGUGCUACCGCUGGAGCGCGGGGAUGCCGGAGCUGUGCGCGAGCACGCGGGCCCGGCUGGGCCGCCUGCUGGACGGGGGGGAUGGGGGGGGGGGCGCGGACGGCGCCGCCGGGAGGUGGCGGGCGAGGGUGAAGGCCCUCCAGACGUCGCUGGGGAAGUCGGCCGCGGAGACCAUGGCGAGGAGGGCGAGAGGGAGCAAGCAUCCCGGGGAGGCUGGCCCGGUAGACACGUUCAGGGGCAUGUAG